UUUAGAGAGAGAAUAGGAGAAGAGAGACGUAAACGAAGACUCUUUUUAAUUUUCCCAAUUCAAUUUGCUUUCUUUUCUUUGUUUCCUUCCGUUAUCCAUUUACCAAUUCCAAUCUCUUUCUUCGCUUUCUCUCUCUAACUUUCUCUCUCAUCAGAUCUCCUUCCCCCUUUCUCCGGCGAUUCCUCGGCGAUUUUUGGCUGCACCUCCCUUAAUUCUCUCUCCUUUUUCAUAUCUUCAUCGUACAUAACAUGAGUAACGUUUUCAAAUCAUAAAGUUUCAUUCUUUUUAUUUUUUUGUGAUUAAUUUAAUCAUUGUUAUUUCAUUUGUGAUUAGUAUCAAAAUCAUUGUUUUUAUAGAGAGAAAACGAGAAAAAAAUAAUAAUAAUCGGUUGUUGAUUGAAGGAAAAAAAUCAGAAACAAUUUUCCCCCUUUUUUUGUUGUUUGGUGUUAUAAAUUGGAAAAAAAGGGGAUUUUUUUUUUUUUUUUUUGAUUUGGGGUGGUUGUGAUUGAAAUUUGGAAGCUUUAGUGGGAGGUGAAGGAGUUUGAAUUGGUGGUGGUGGAAGAGGGUGAGGUUGUGGUGGUGGAUUGAGAGGGAAGAGAAUUUAGGGGGGUUAUGAUUGAAGGUGAAUUUGAAGAAUCUUUGAUAAUUGUGUUGUGGUUUGGUGCUAUUUUUGGUUUUGUUUGGUGAUGGGGAUGAGGAAUGAUGGACAAAAACAACAGCUUAUUCAUCAAGGUGUUGGUGUUGCAGCUGCUGGUGGUGGAAAAACCAAUGGUUUCAUUCCUAGCUCCUUUCGCGCUAUCUCAAGCUACUUGAGGAUUGUUUCCUCUGGUGCUUCCACCGUUGCGCGCUCUGCUGCAUCGGUUGCUUCAUCAAUUGUUGAUAGGGACGAUGUUUCUGAUCAUGAUCAGGUUAUCUGGGCUGGGUUUGAUAAGUUGGAGGGUGAGGGUGGUGUCGUUCAGCAAGUACUUCUUCUAGGCUAUCGAUCUGGUUUCCAGGUUUGGCAUGUUGAUGAAUCAAAUAAUGUCCGGGACCUGGUUUCCAAACAUGAUGGUCCUGUUUCUUUUAUGCAAAUGGUUCCGAAUCCAAUUGCAUCGAAAAAAUCAGAAAACAAGUUAAUAAGUGGCCGCCCGCUGUUGGUAGUUUGUGUGGAUGGGUUCUUCGCAGGAGGAUGCAAUGUUAAGGACGGUUUGAACGGAUCUUCCAAUGGGACCACUUCAAACUCCCAUGACCAAAUGAAUAGCAACUAUAUGCCAACUACUGUUCAGUUUUAUUCUAUGAAAUCUCACUCAUAUGUUCAUGUAAUGAAGUUUAGAUCUGUUGUUUAUUCUGUAAGGUGCAGUUCUCGAAUAGUUGCUGUUUCUCAAUCCACUCAGAUACACUGUUUUAAUGCUACAACAUUAGAAAGGGAAUAUACUUUACUUACCAAUCCAAUAGUCCUGAGUUGUCCUGGUUCUGGUGGCAUAGGCUAUGGACCACUUGCAGUUGGUCCAAGAUGGCUAGCUUAUAGUGGAAGUCCGGUUGCAGUCUCCACUUCUGGCCAUGUCAGCCCGCAACAUUUGAUGCCUUCUGCAAGCUUCCCUGGUUUUUCUUCAAAUGGAAGCUUGAUUGCACACUAUGCCAAAGAGUCAAGCAAGCAGCUUGCUUCUGGGAUUGUGACCCUUGGCGAUAUGGGAUAUAAGAAACUUUCUAGAUACUGCUCUGAUAACAAUGGUUCACUACAAUCUGGAAGUUCUGGAUCAAAGGGCAGUGGAACUAUUAAUGGCCAUUCGGCAGAUGCAGACAACGUUGGAAUGGUCAUUGUUAAAGAUAUUGUCACUAAAAACGUUAUCGCACAAUUCCAGGCCCACAAGAGUCCCAUUUCAGCGUUAUGCUUUGAUCCUAGUGGCACCAUAUUAGUGACUGCUUCUGUUCAGGGUCAUAACAUAAAUGUUUUUAAGAUAAUGCCUACGCGUGAGAAUUCUUCAGCAUCUGAUGCUGGUCCUUCUCACGUUCAUUUAUACAGGCUGCAACGCGGUUUUACAAAUGCGGUUAUACAAGAUAUCAGUUUCAGUGAUGACAGCAAGUGGAUUAUGAUUAGUUCCUCAAGGGGCACAAGCCAUCUGUUUGCCAUUAAUCCUCAAGGAGGAUACGUAAAUAUUCAGUCUAAUGAUGAUAGUCUUACUACGAAAAAUAGCGGAUUAAGCACUAUGCCUAAUCAAGCUGUUCGCCGAGCUCCCAUGUCAUCCGUACAAAUGCCUAAACAGCAAAGCCUCUAUGUAGCUGACCCUCCAAUAACACUUUCUGUAGUAAGCAGAAUUAGGAGUGGAACUAAUGGUUGGAGAGGCACCGUAACUGGUGCUGCUGCAGCUGCAACUGGUAGGAAGAGUUCCGUUUCUGGAGCUAUUGCUUCGUGUUUCCGUAGUUGUAAAGGAAGUGGAGCAAUGUAUGGUGAAGGUACCCAUUCGAAGGAAAAUCAUCAUGUAUUGGUCUUUUCACCUAGUGGAUCGAUGAUACAGUAUGCUCUUCGGACGAUAACUGGUCAAGAUUCUGCUGUUGUUUCUGGAUUGUCCCCUGCUUAUGAGUUUGUUCCACAGGCCGAUGCAAGAUUAGUAGUUGAGGCCAUGCAUAAAUGGAAUAUAUGUCAUAGUCAUAAUCGGAGAGAGCGAGAAGAUAAUGUUGACAUCUAUGGCGAAAAUGGAAUUUCCGACAACAAUAAAAUAUAUCCCGAGGAAGUAGAGGAGAACGUUGUUCACCCUAAGAUAAAAAAUGGAGUCACAAAAGUGAAUUCCUGUCUGGAGGACGGUCAUCAUUUGUAUAUUUCAGAAGCUGAACUGCAAAUGCACCAAGCUCAGGUUCCGCCGUGGGCAAAGCCCAAGAUAUAUUUUAAUUCAAUGAUGAAAAAGUCCACCAUAAUGGAUGAAGAAGCUGCUUCAGGAGGAGAAUUUGAGAUUGAAAGGAUCCCAACUUGCAUGAGUGAAGCUAGACCAAAAGACUUGGUUCCAAUUGUCAACUAUAUGCAGACCCCAAAAUCACAACAAACAAGGGCUCCUGCUAUGAAUAGCAAGAUAAAUGAACAAGUGUCGCAUCGCGGUUCUCAGCUGUCUGGAAAUGGCAGAAUUUCAUCUAGGAGUAUUUUGGGAUCGCCGGAAUACAUGAUUAACUCUGGCGGUGAAGUACCUGAACAUAAAAGUCAAAUUGAAGGAACUGAGUGGUAUAAUCAUGUGAUGCCAUCCAACACUAUUAGCUCCGUAAAUAACAAUGACAACCUUAAACCAAAUACUCAGCAUGAGAUUGUAAAUAAUAGAAGAGAGCACUCAAACAUGGGGGCUCAGCUCAUGCAUGUAAAUAGCCACAUAAGGCCUGAAAAUGAGCAACAUUUUGAAGAAAAUGAAGAUGAAUUUGAUUGAAGGCAUGGAAAUAUUCUUUGAUUUGGCACUGGAGGCUUAAUUAACACUGUUUAUAUAAUGGUUGGAGAGGUAGAGAAGCUUUAAGGAGUAGUGGCUUGACUACUAUGCAAAAAUUGUGGAUACUUAUUUGGGUUUCUUUUUCUGUUUGACAUUGUAAAUGACAGACAGAUAUGUAUAUCAAUAAUUAGUUUUCAAUGUGUAAAUAAUAGAAUCAUCACUUUGUAUCUUUUCUUUUUAUUCUAUUAAUUAAUUAAAUUGAUUUCCCUAUCAUUA